CUCAGUAGCGGAAGUGUCACUAGCCGCUAAUUUCACUGAGCUAAGGCGGAUCCCCUUCUCUUUAACGUCUUUGAAACUUUGUUCUGAAUCAAAUAUCCAGGCUGUUAAUCACACUCAUCAGUGACAUCCCGACAGAAGGGAAAGGAGACAUGGGGGACAAGGAGCUGAUGUGGGCUUUGAAAAAUGGUGAUUUGGACGAGGUGAAAACGUUACUGAAAAAGGAUGAGGAUGUUAAUCGGACACUGGAGAGCGGUAGAAAGCCCCUGCACUACGCUGCAGACUGUGGCCAGGCUGAGAUGGUGGAGUUCCUGUUGUCUAAAGGAGCAGAUGUGAACGCUGCAGACAAACACGGCAUCACUCCAUUGCUUUCUGCCACUUACGAGGGUCACCUCUCCUGCGUCAAAAUCUUACUAGAGAAGGGUGCUGAUAAGGAGAGAAAGGGACCAGACGGGCUGAGUGCGUUCGAGGCAGCAGAGAGCGAUGCCAUUAAAUCCCUGCUGAAAUGAGGCUGCGCUCUCAGACCUGCAGCUCCGAGGUGCAAACAGACGCUUGGCUGCCACCAGACAGAUCACACACUCAUGCACACGUCUACGCCUCUGCCCGGUGGCCGCCUCGUCUUCUGGGUUUUCUUUGUGUUCCAUAUUUCCUCUUUUUUUUUUUUUUUUUUUGGUGGGAGUGGGUGUAUGAUUACUCUGCUAGCAUAUCUGAAUUUAGCGGACCUCUCAAUCAGUCCUGCCAUCCCCACAGAGCCACUGGCUGUGAGGAAGCAGUUCAUCUUCACUCCUGUCUACCACUAAAACACACACACACUUAUUUACCAAACAAAGCAUUUCCCAUCUUGCGAAAGAUCCCCAGCAACCGAAUCCGCAGCAAAUAACCAUGUAAAUGUGUUUUUGUACUGUAAGACUGAAAGAAGCUGGUUUUUAAAUUUAGAUAAAAAAGAAUUUUGAUGUCUAAUGCCUAGUCCCAUAUGUGAUCAGGGGUGGCAUAUGGGACUAGCCGAGUGGCACAUAUAUAAUUAACCCUCUCCCAGUGGAAAGAUAAACUACUUCCUGUAAAAAUAUAUAUAUAUAUAAAAAAAAAACCUUUACAUUCCCACAGAGCAGUCUUGAUGAGCUCUUCUAACAAUGGCUUACAAAUAGAAAAAAAAAAAGGUAUUGAAAUCAUGUCAUGACCAUGACAGCCUGCACUUCUCUCUUCUUUUUGUCUGCUCAGUCAUGUUUGUACUCUUGAAAAUGUGGGUUAAUAAUAAAAAAAAAUAAAUAAAUAAAAGGCUUCAAGUUUUCUGCUGAGAGAGUGAGUGGAACCAGACAAGCACUUUGUCACUGAUAACGAUGGACUCUUCUGCUUAUCCGACUCUUAUGCAUGCUAAUGCCUCUGCUACUACACUCUGGGCUGAAAAAAAACGCUGUGCUUUUCUCUUGCUCACUCGCUUUUUAGAUUUUUUUUUUUUUUUAUCUCUCUCUCUCUUUAAAGUUGCAAAUUCAACCCUUAAACAAAACAGAACUAACAGAACCGUUUAAAGCUUUCUAUCCGGCUUCGUUGUGAGAAAGGUUGGUAAAAGAAAAACGAAUAAAACAUUUUAAUUUGAA